GAGGAGAAUAUCGGCAGGAAGGAAAACAAGGUAUGGGAUCACCACUAGCUUGUUACUGCUGAUGAACCCCACAUCUAGGGCAGUAUUGAUACAUCAAACCAAAAAGCAGCUGCCCUAUGGGUCAGGAGCAGUCUUUUGACUGGUCUCACCAAGGCUUGUAUACCUGAAAGGAGGCUGGUAUCCACUGGAGCCACUUCAAAACUGGUUAUCUGGGCAAAGCCAGGAUUGACUUUAGGAGCUGGGUCCAACCAGCAGAGAAGAAACUGGGACAGUGUUAGAAGACUGGAAAAGAAAAGAAAGAAAGAAGACUGGAAAAGAAGACAUGCAGCAGAUCGUGGUAUCAGAUGAGAGUCCAGGAUCACCAAAUCACCUUUGCAUCCCUGAUAGCAUGUUCCUACAGGAAAGAGCUCUACCAUUUCCUCAGUGCCCUGCCUUAGCCAGAGAUGGAAGCCAAGGAAACCUGCCAGGAGCAAAACAUACAGUGAUGAGCCAGCCUCAGGAGUCAGUGACAUUUGAGGAUGUAGCUGUGAACUUCAGUCAUGAGGAGUGGCAGUGUCUGACCCACGCUCAAAGGCACCUCUAUAAAGAUGUGAUGUUGGAAAAUUAUGGGAACAUGGUGUCACUCGGAUUUUCAUUUUCUAAACCUCCUUUGAUCUCCUGUCUGGAGCAAGGUGCAGAGUCCUAUGUUCAGGAUCAACAGGACUGGGAGUUCCUGAGCUGCUCCUAUCCAGUAUCAGCUGCCAAGACAUUGCCUGAGAGUGAGAAGGCAAGAUCAGAAGAGGAGGUUUUUGAAAAUGGAGAAGUAUGCUGGGUGAAAUUUAAAAGUCUCCUAAAAGUUGUUUCCCAGGAUCCAGAGGCUGGAGAAGUUUGUGUACAAGAUGUCAAAUUAGAGAAUCAAUGGGAAAUGCCUAUGAGGGAGAAACGGAGAGAAGAGAAAGAAAGCUGUGAGAAAGUGACUUUCAGGAAAGGAAAGAACCAGAAGGGACUUAUAAAACACUUCAGUCCAAACUCAGAAUGUAUUCUGUAUGGAAUUCUUACGGAAAAGAAACAGCAUGAGUGUACCCGAUGUGGCAAAAACUUCAGUUGGCAUUCUGACUUAAUUCUCCAUGAGCGAAUUCACUCUGGCGAGAAACCCUAUGUGUGUAAUGAGUGUGGGAAAGCAUUCAAGACCAAAAAUCAACUUUUCAUGCACCAGAUAAUCCACACAGGGGAGAAACCCUUUAACUGUACCCAGUGUGGGAAGGCCUUCAGUAGUAGAUCCGCUCUUUGCCGACAUAAAAAGACCCACAGUGGGGAGAAGCCACACCCGUGCAGUGACUGUGGGAAGGCCUUCAAGACCAGGUACUGUCUCAGGAUGCAUCAGAUCAUCCACACAGGAGAGAAGCCUUACGAAUGUAGUGACUGUGGGAAGGCCUUUCAGUUUAAGCAUUCCCUCAUCAUCCACAGCAGGAGCCACACUGGGGAGAAACCCUAUGCAUGUGAGGAGUGCGGGAAGGCUUUCAGCGGGAGCUCAGACCUCAUCAAACACACAAGAGUCCACACUGGGGAGCGACCUUAUGAGUGCAAUGAGUGUGGGAGGGCCUUCAGCUGGAGCUCAGACCUAAGCAAACACAGAAGACUCCACACUCAGGAGAAACACUGUGGGUGCCCUCGGUGUGGAAAAGCCUUCAGCAACGAAGCAGAGCUCACCAAACAUAGAAGAAUCCACACCAAAGAGAAGCCUUACAAGUGUAAGGAGUGUGGGAAAGCCUUUCAUCAUAACUGUAAAUGCCGGGCUCAUGAACGAGGACACACUGGGGAUAAGCCCCAUCGAUGUGGGGAUUGUGGGAAAACUUUCCAAGAUCAACACUGUCUUACCAUCCAUCAAAGAAUCCACACUGGAGAGAAACCUUAUAAAUGCUCAGAGUGUGGCCGAGCUUUCAGUGGGAAAUCAAACUUGACCAAUCAUCAAAGAAUCCACACUGGAGAGAAACCUUACAGGUGUGAGGUGUGUGGAAAGGUCUUUCAUCAGAGCUCAGUCCUGAGACAGCAUGAAAGAAUCCACACGGGUGAGAAGCCAUUUACCUGCCAUGAGUGUGGCACGUCUUUCCGUCAGAGCUCAGCCCUGAUUGGACACAAGCGAGUUCAUACUGGAGAGAAACCUUAUGUAUGUGAGGAGUGUGGAAAAGCUUUCAGAGUGAGCUCAAAUCUUACUAGACAUAAGAAAAGGAAACACAGAGUGUGGGAAACCCACAAACUUGGAGAGAGUGGGAAAUCUCCCUCUCCAGUAACUGGUUCUCAGACCUUUUCAUUCAUCAAUAUUUUGACCACCAACACCUGAGAGUAGUGAUUCUGGUGUUUACACUUUUCUCAUUUCUCCUUCUACUUCUUAUACUGAUCCCUCUUGUCUCCUGUGUUGGUUCUUCCUGGUUCUCUGACCCCUCUAAUUGUGAGAUCUCCCAAGCCUUUGUCCUUGACCUUCCCAUUUAGUGUUUCUUCGGUGAGCAUUCACUUCCAAGGUUUUGUCUCUCAAUAAUAGUACUGUAAUACUACAUACUAGUGUCCUACACAUGCCAGGCACUAUCCUUUACAGUUUUAAAUCAUUUAAUCAUACAGUGUCCCUGUGGGAUGAGGAAAUUGAGGUAUAAAAAAAUUAAGAAACCUGUCACAGAUCCUGUAACUGGUAAAUUCUAAACAAAUGCCUGCUGAAUGCUCAGACUUCUCUGAGCAAUUUCUGUAAUCCUAUACCACAUUUCUUGAAUGUGAGGCUAUACCUCAGUUUAGCACAGAACAUGUUUUUGAUUAAUAAACAUUAAUCACUUUUAGUAAGUUUUUUUUAUAUUUUUUGGCCACAGUUCUCAGUCCCCUGACCAAGAACCAACCCCGUUCCCCUAAGUGAAAGUAAGGAGUCUUGACUGGAUCACUAGGGAAGUUCCAGCAAAUUUUAAAUUAAAACUUAAAUGGUACUCUUCUAUAUAGAUUCAGAAUUUCUGAGAUUCAGCAGAGAAGGAAGACAAGGCAAUGGCAGAUUUUUUUAAUUACAAAUAAGUAGAAGUCAAGUGUGAGCUUCCUAGGUGUCGCAGUGGUAAAGAAUCCACCUGCCAAUGCAGGAGAUGCAAGAGAUGCAGGUUCAGUUCCUGGGUCAGGGAGAUCCCUUGGAGCACAACAUGGCAACCCACUCCAGUAUUCUUGCUUGGAAAAUUCCAUUGACAGAGGAGCCUGGUAGACUACUGUCCAUGGGGUUGCAAAGAGUUGGAUGUGACUGAGUACACACAGAGAAAUCAAGUGUACACAGCUCAAGUGGAAGUUUACGUAUGGAAGGAGCAUGAAGCCUGUCCCACUUUGUUAUAAAUGUACUAAAAGGUCUUCAGGGUGUUGAUUUCUUAAAUACUUGUUUUAUCUAUCUGCAUGACAUAUGAAAUAGUCUUUCACAAGGAUUAAUAAAUGUAUCU